AUGAGCAAGAACGACCCACGGGAUACAGUCGAACAAGACCCUUAUAAUGUUCUAACUUCUGAUGAAGAUGAAAAUAUCAAAAUACAAGCAGAGAUUGACGAACUUGAAAGACGAGCCAAAGACUUAAAAACAAGACUGCAGCCCAGAGACAGAAUAAGGUCAAACUCCAUCAAUAAAGAAGUUAAAGCUGUUGAAAAUACUCCGCGAGAGAAAUCGCACAACUUCCGAAAUAAUAUAAAUGCGACUAAGGGUCGAGACGAAAACGGAACAACUCUCAAGUCCUGUGAAGGUCAUUCUACACCUUAUUUUACAGAGAAGUUUGCUCAGAUCAAAAAGCGGGAGGACUACGAAAUUCGUAGGGCUGAGGAAUUUUUGAGACGGAGAACUCAUACUUUUGACAGUUCACGGUUUACAAAUGAUAGAGAACCUCAGGUGGUGAACGAGAAAGAGAAAUUUUCAGGAAAAUGGAUUUCCAGGCGAUUCAUUACUCACGGUGAAUUAUCUGAGUUACUGGACGAUAAAAAGGUCUUGAGAUUGCCAAAAUUGUUCAGUAAGGUUCGUCCCCCUAAGUUCACCGAACCAGAAUAUCCAAACUGGGUUGUGUUUGGGGUUUUAACGAAUAAAAGCGACAUCAAAAUGACCUCCUCCAAGAAACCGAGCAAGUUUUUCAAGCUGACGUUAUCUGACUUCAAAUACACAAUCGAUGUGUUCGUGUUUAACAAAGCAAAUGUUGAGAAAUACUUCAAUUUGAAAGUGGGCGAUAUUAUUGGCAUACUAAAUCCAGAUAUUCUGCCGUGGAGACCUUCGAGAAUCGAAAAUGAUGAGUCUAGUGGCUACACGGUCAAAUCGUUUAAUUUGUCAAUACGACACGAGUCCGAUUGUAUCAUAGAAAUUGGCACAAGCAGAGACUUCGCGCUAUGUCCGGUCACAGAUAGUUCGACUGGGAAAUGUUGUGGGACAGCAAUUGAUAGGUCCACAGAGGACAGAUGUCAGUAUCAUCAGGAGACGCGCUUUCGCAAGGUGAAUGCACAACGUCUGGAGCUUAACGGCAACAAAUCUCUGAGAGCACCUACUCAAAAUGGGCUCACUCAAACCUUAUAUCAAAAGUCAAGUAAAAAUCGUAAAAACUACGAGCUUUUUACCGAAAAAACCGGUCAGGGACUUCAAGAUGGGAGUCGACAGAACAAACUAUAUUUCAGUAAUCCCAACUACGCCAAAGCAUUUUUUGACCAAACAUAUCAAAAUCCAGACAUAUUGGCUAAUCUAGAAAGCAAAAGGCGGAAGAUCAAGAACGAUUCCAAGGAGACCUUACUUCAAAGACAGCUUGCAAGUGCCAUAAAAAAAUCUUCGUCGACUACCACCGAUAACCUAGAUCAGCAGACUCGAGACAAAAUGAGGAGUACUACAGAGCGCGCCCUUCAAAACGGACUUAUGAACAAGAUAGGGUUUGAUCCAACAAAUGGCCAGAUGACGUCACUUCUGCGGGCCACAAGGGGCAAAGGAUGGGCCAGGACAUCUAGCAAUGAUGUUAAAGAUGUGAUGUAUUCGAAGAAGACCAACAUAGUAUUAGCUCCUUCGAAAAAGGAACUCAAAAAACGAAUUCAAAGAAGAGAGGAGGUUUGGAAAGAACAUUUUGAACGCCGAGAAGAGCAAAUUGACUCAGGAAGGGUAGCCGUUCAUGAAAACGCUGAAGACGAAAAGAGUAACGAAAGUAGCAAUGAAAGCGAAUUAGAUAUCAUCUAG